AUGAACUUACUAGCAGCGCCCACACAGGAUUGGCACAAGCUUGUGCAGAGUAGUAAUGGAAAAAUGAGCGAGAAAGAUGACAACCGCACGAACACGAAGUAUGUCUGCAACCUUCUCCCCUACAACACGUCGGAGAAGUCCAUCCUCCGUGACAUAAAGAGCGCCGGCGCCACCGGCGUUGUGCUGAUCAACACCAAGGCCGACGGCUACACGACCGUCCUCUACGACUACGGCUGCCGACGGAGUCAAAGUCACCAGGUACGCGUCGUCGUCGCCAUCGAACUCCGCGCCGCGACGACCCUCGCCGUCAGGUUCAACCACAAGACGGUGCUCGGCGUCCGCCCGUCUCCUACCGUGGCGUUGUUCUCGUCCCGUGGUCCAAGCACCAUCACCCUGGGCGUGCUGAAGACGGACGUCUUGGCUCCGGGGCUCAACAUCCUCGCCGCGUACCAGUCCAAGACCCUCCUCGGAGCCGGGCCCUUCGACGUCCUGUCCGGCACGUCGAUGUCCACGCCGCACAUCGCCGGCGCCGUCGCGCUCAUCAAGAGCACGCACCCCGACUGGUCGCCGGAGGCCAUUAAGUCGGCCAUCAUGACGAGCUCCGACACCGUCGACAAGGACGGCGGCCCGAUCUUAGACGAGCAGCGCAGGAAGGCCAACGCGUACGCGACCGGCGCCGGUCAUGUCAACCCCGCCAGGGCCGCCGAUCCCGGCCUGGUGUACGACCUCGACGCCGCGGACUACGCCAGCUACAUCUGCGGGCUCCUGGGCGAGGCGACGCUGGCGGUCGUCGCGCGCAACUCGAGCCUGAGCUGCGAGAAGCUGUCCAGGACGGCGGAGGCGCAGCUGAACUACCCGACGAUCAAGGUGCCGCUGCAGCCGGCGCCGUUCACGCUGAAGCGGACGGUGACGAACGUGGGGCCGGCGGCAUCGAAGUACACGGCGAAGGUGGACGCCCCCAAGUCCCUGACGGUGCGGGUUUCGCCCGGGACGCUGGUGUUCACCGAGGCCGGGGAGAAGAAGACGGUGAGCGGACACGGCGGCGACGUGUUAGAAGGAAGCUUGAGCUGGGUGUCAGGGGAGCAAGUCGUGCGAAGCCCGAUCGUUGCCGCCGCGGGGCUUCGUCCGGAACGGUGA